GGCAAAAAUCUGUAAGCUUCAGAGAUCACCAAUGAAAACAUCCCUUUUCCAUCGUGGAAAUGGUCAAAACUAUUCGGCAACGUUAAUUUGAUCAGUUUAAAAUGUCCAUCGGACAUUUUACAUCUAUAUAGUAAGAGCCUGGGCUACGCUGACGAUUUAUGCGCCAUGGCUUUCUUGUCGAGACCUGCAGACUCGCAUCGAUUCCAGCUGAUUGUCACAGCCAUUAUAUCAGGCGCUGUGUCCAUUUCCGCGCUCAUCGCCUUCCAACAGCUACGUCGCGCAAAAAGGGUACAAGACAUCAAAGACUCAAUCCCUGACAAUGAUUCCACAGGAAAUAAUCUUACUGAAUGGGGAGCCGCGUCUGACGCAUUUGCACCCUCCAAGGAGGAUGAGCGAAGUGCCGCUCUAGCUCUUCGAGCUAGACAAGGAGAUUACGAUGAUGACCUGAUACUCGAACAGCUCGCGCGGAAUCGAGUUUUUCUCAAGGACGAAGGUCUCGCCAAACUCCGCAGCGCCUUCAUUAUCGUAGUAGGAUGUGGUGGCGUUGGAUCCCAUGCAAUAGCCGCACUAUGUCGAUCUGGAGUUUCCAGAAUCCGGCUCAUUGAUUUUGAUCAAGUCACGCUGUCCUCAUUGAAUAGACAUGCUGUAGCUACGCUUGCGGAUGUUGGAACCCCUAAAGUACACGCCAUCCGCAAGCGACUAGAACAGAUCACGCCGUGGGUACACUUUGAUUGCCGGAACGAGCUGUUUUCGGCCAAAGUAGCGAGCGAACAGCUAGCUCCAUUGAACGGCCAGCAACCAACGUUCAUCGUCGACGCCAUCGACAACAUAGACAGUAAGGUCGCACUUCUAGAAUACUGCCACAAAAACGACCUGAAAGUGAUAUCGUCGAUGGGCGCGGGAUGCAAGUCAGAUCCCACACGCAUCCAUAUCGGUGACAUAUCAUCUAGCACGGACGACCCGUUGUCCAAGGCCACACGCCGGCGUUUGAAGCUUCUCGGUGUCUCAUCAGGCAUCCCUGUCGUGUUCUCUUCUGAGAAAGCAGACCCCGCUAAAGCGCAACUUCUUCCUUUGCCCGAGGAAGAAUUUGCCAAGGGCAAUGUUGGCGAGUUGGGUGUGCUGAAAGACUUCAGAGUUCGCAUUUUGCCCGUUUUGGGGACUAUGCCAGCUGUUUUUGGCUUGUGCGUUGCAAACCACAUCAUGCUCGAGAUAGCGGGGUAUCCACAUGAGUACAUCAUAGCGAAAAACCGCGAAAAAAUGUACGAUGGGAUAUUGGCAUACAUUCAAGGUCAGGAAGAAAAACUGGCUCGUGCGAUGGGAAGGGACGCUCAAGGACUGCGAUUACGGAUCACCGUCGAUGAUGUCGGUUAUCUUGUCGACGAGAUAUUCAGAGGUCGCAGUGUCGUGAGUGGGUUACCAACAAGACUUGUGCUGGUCAGGUGGAGGCAGCCAGAUAAGAAAUUUGUGAAUGAAGACAUAGACGGGCAAAAGUAUUCACUGCUAGAAAUGAGGGAUCUAGUCACCAUGACAAGAGACGAGGCCACAAGGCACUGGAAGGAGGUUUUAAUUGGGAGCAGAACCCCUCAGGAGUUGUACGAUGAAGCAGUAAUGAAGAUGGUGGACAAGAGGCUUGCGGAAGAACGUGAAUAUGAGAAGUACAGAUGACUUGUUGGCUGGAACAAACUGAAAUGCAAUUCACAUGCAUCAAAGCUCUUCUAUCUAAGCUGUGUCUAUUCUUGAAAAAGCUAUUGGAAAAGGAUGCUGAGUAGACCGGGUGCUAUGGCCGUGUUCAAAGAGCAUAAGGUUCCGUCAGCUGUGGUUUGACUGCUGUAUCUGAUUUCUUACUAGCAUAUGCUGCUCAUCUUCGGGCUCCGUUCUGCGAAUAUGAAAACAGGAAUGGCUCAUCUUUCUUGUGGGGUAAAAAACUGACUUUGAUCCACAUGAUGGCCCAACCAGAAGACGUACUUGUCACGGAGUAACAUGGGAAUCACGUGAAGAAGCGAUCAUGUUGAUCAUUUAUGAUCGAGGUGAUCGACUUGCAUAAGCGAAGGGCUGCCAUUCGCCCGAAGGAAAUGGACGAAUUAAGAAUGCAGUCCGUGAUCAGUCUGUUUAUAAAUGAUCGGAAUGAUCAACAGGUCUCUUAUAUCUAUAAAAACAUCCUGUCCCUACCUCUAACUUAGCUCUCUGUAAUUCAACUGUCUAGCAUAGCUAGUAGUUAGUUUAAAU